UACGGCAUGCCGUAUUCCGGUCGGUCCAUACAGACUACACGUGAAGACAGAGGAGCUGACAGUAAACACAGUAGUGAUUUAUCUGGAGUGUGACACCGACCCUUCGCACACACAGACGCCGGCAGGAUGCUGUAUCUGAUCGGCCUGGGUCUGGGGGACGCGGCGGACAUCACGGUGAAGGGUCUGCAGGCGGUGAAGAGCUGCUCCAGGGUUUACCUGGAGGCCUACACCUCCAUCCUGACCGUGGGCAAGGAGGCCCUGGAGGAGUUUUAUGGGAAGGAUCUGAUCCUGGCAGACCGAGACCUGGUGGAGCAGGGGGCUGACGAGAUCCUGAAGGAUGCUGAUGUGACUGAUGUGGCGUUCCUGGUGGUGGGCGACCCGUUCGGAGCCACCACACACAGUGACCUGGUCCUGAGAGCAGUGCAUGCUGGGAUACCGUACAGAGUGAUCCAUAACGCCUCCAUCAUGAACGCAGUGGGCUGCUGUGGGCUGCAGCUGUAUAACUUCGGGGAGACGGUGUCGUUGGUGUUUUGGACGGACACGUGGAGACCAGAGAGCUUCUACGACAAAAUCUGUAAAAACAGAACAGCUGGACUUCACACACUCUGCUUGCUGGACAUUAAAGUUAAAGAGCAGAGCGUGGAGAACAUGAUGAGAGGGAAGAAGAUCUUUGAGCCUCCUCGCUUCAUGACGGUCAGUCAGGCUGCAGAUCAGCUGAUUCAGAUCAUCCAGAGGAGGAGGGAGGAGGAGCAGGGGGCGGAGCUCGGUGUGACGGAGGACACUGUGUGUGUGGGCGUGGCCAGGCUUGGCGCAGACGACCAGAAGAUCUGCACGGCGAUGCUACGUCAGCUGGUGUCAUGUGACCUCGGUGGUCCACUCCAUUCGCUGCUGGUCACUGGUCGACUCCACCCGCUGGAGGUGGACAUGCUGCGAGUGAGCGCAGAACCAAACGCACUGCAACACCUGCACAUGAUCGACAGCUCCACCUACUGCUCCUAACACACAC